ACCGUCAUCCUCUACGACCUCGUCUGCGCCGGCAGCGUUAACCCCGACUACUUCGACUUCCACCGCUACACCACCCUCGAACCUUACGUCGACGACCUCCUCAACAUCCUCGACGCCCACCGCGUCGACCGCUGCGCCUAUGUCGGCCACUCCGUCUCCGCCAUGAUCGGUCUCCUCGCCUCCCUCCGCCGCCCCGAGCUCUUCUCCAAGCUCAUCCUCAUCGGCGCCUCCCCCAGGUCCCCAAUUUCAAAAUCCCCCUUUAAUUUUCAAUGA